AUGAUCCAUCACUGGGAGAACCAAGUAAACCCCGAGAAAAGACAUGCGCUGUUACUAACAACGUUAAGAAGCACAUUGGGCGAGAAUCUAUGGGCUAUUCCAUUUAUCCUGGUUUCGAUUGGUCUGAAAUACGCACAGCCAACUUUGAUUUCUAGCUUGAUUCGCUAUGUCAGCGACCCUCUAAGCAAAGAAUUGCGCCAACAGGAAGCCGUCAGGUUAAUCCUUACAACCAUUUUGAUCUACGUUGGGUUGGCUGUUUUCAAAGGUCGACGAGAAACUGCUGAGCGCCGAGUGGCAAUCGCGACGAAAGGCUCAUUGAUGGGUAUUCUCCACGAAAAAACCUUGAAUUCUGAUAAUGAUGGGCAUUCUGUGAUUACCCUCGCCAGUAGUGACGUUGAGGACCUUCAAAGGGCCAUGAAAUGGGUUCAUGUUAUAUGGUCUUCGUUCCUCUCAAUGUGCCUGGGCCUAUAUCUGCUUACGUCUAAGCUUGGGUGGGUCAGCAUAGUGCCCUUAUUUAUGCUGAUCGCUACAUCACAAGCUGGAAAUUGGGUCUCUAAGCACUUCACGGGCAAACAGAAAGCAUGGAGCGAGGCAACGCAGAAUCGAGUAGACCUAGUCACAAUCCUGCUAGAGCAUCUGCAAACGAUCAAGAUGAUGGGAUACUCUAGCGUGAUGGAGAUCAAGGUGCAGACAGCGCGCGAGAGCGAGCUAAAAGCAGGUGUUGCUACUUACUGGCUUGAUAUUAUCCUAAUAUUUUGUGGUAAGGAAUCUUUCCUGGUUCAAAUCUCGCCCUUCGCACUAAAAGAUUAUCUGUUAGCAACAUUUUUGAACGCUCUUGGACCUGUGAUUACACUUGGAAUAUACGCGGUCUAUGCCAAACUGACCAACCACCCUCCGCUUGAUACAGAUCGUGCUUUCACUUCUUUUGCUCUAAUCCAGAUGGUCACACAGCCCGCAAAUUCGAUUAUGUUUAUCCUGCCUGAAUUGCUCACGGCCAUGACCGCAUUUGACAGGGUGCAAAAUUUUCUCACUAGGCUCGUUCACCAAAACAGUCGCGAAUUAUGUCAAGAUGCUAUUAAACCUCAUAGCCAUGAUAACCAGCUAUACCGAGAUUUACUAACCGAUAACGCCGAUAACGCCGGUAACGCUGAGACCUACGCAAUAUCUAUCCAAAAUGCAACGGUUCAGUAUAAAGAGGCAGAAAUCCCCGUACUGAAAGACAUCAGCAUGAACAUUAAGCCUGGAUGGCUUACGCUUCUUACUGGACCAACUGGAUCUGGAAAGACAUCGCUUGCUCGGUUAAUCAUCGGAGAGGGUCGACUUCAAAGUGGAAAGAUAUCAAUACUGAACGACAAAGUUGCUUACUGUGCUCAGUGCCCUUGGCUAAGAAAUGGUACGAUUCGCGACAUCAUAGCAGGGCCACCAGGAUCCAAGGUGACCGAUGAGAAAUGGUAUAAACAAGUUAUUUUUGCCUGUGACUUGGCUUCUGAUUUUCAGAAUCUUCCAAAUGGCGAUAACACUCAAGUGGGAGACCGGGGUAUUUCUAUUUCCGGAGGUCAAAGACAAAGAUUGGCUCUUGCUCGUGCGGUAUACUCGAAAUUAGAUAUUAUGGUUCUUGAUGAUGUGUUUAGUGCAUUAGACAUCCGGACUGCAACCUGUAUCAUGCACAGACUUUUCGGUCUAGAUGGUCUUCUACGACAACUCAACAAAACUAUAAUCUUGGUCACAAAUUCCACCCAUAUACUACAAGAUUCUGAUUGGAUCGUCAUUCUUAACUCCGAUGGAUCAAUGCGUGAACAGGGGACCUGGCAUCAGCCCCAAAUUCAGGCUCUCUAUCAAAGUUUGGAAAUUCACCGAGGCGCUAGAACAAUUGAGAAUUGGGAUGAAGUAGAGCCAGAAGACAAGUUUCUCUCUGUCUGCCAAACCAAAACAGCCCCGUCCCGUCCCGAAUCUUUGGAUCCUUUUCGAAAGAAUGGGGAUAGUGCCGUAUACAAUCACUACAUCAGUGCAAUUGGCGGAUACCGCCUUCUGUCUGCAAUAUUGAUAUUCCUCUCAUCUGCGAUUUUCGCCAUCCUGAUCCAGAGCUGGCUUCGGAUCUGGACUGAGAGUAACACUGCAAGCCAACACAUUUGGUUUUAUCUUAGAGUUUACGUUGCUUUGGCUAUCGGACAUUGGGUUUCAUUGACAGGGAUAGGCACAAUGCCACUUCUAGUCGUGCCCACAUCUGGCAGGGCUCUGCAUAGUCAAAUACUAAACACAGUCAUCAAGGCACCUCUAUCAUUCAUCACGUCAGCCGACAUUGGUACGACCCUCUCGAGAUUUACUCAGGAUAUAAAGCAGAUUGACCGUCAGCUUCCGGGUCAAAUUGCGGCACUAGGAAGCCAAGUCUUCAAACUCCUAGCCCAGCUCAUUUUGCUUUAUAUGGCCCAGUCAUAUAACCUGAUCACAUUUCCCCUUCUUAUUCUGGCAGUUUAUCUGAUUCAAAAGGUAUACCUUUGCACCAGUCGACAACUUCGAUUUCUGAGCAUGGAGGCAAAUUCCUUACCCAAUAACAGCUUCGUGGAAACUGUUCAGGGAAUAGCCACCAUCCGCGCUUUUGGCUGGGAGCGGGAGUAUGCUUUGGAUAACAAUCGGGCAUUUGAUGAAUCACAAGUCCCGUCAUACACACUGCUUACUAUUGAGCAGUGGCUUUCGCUGGUGCUAGAUUUGAUUAUCGCCGCCGUGGCACUGUUCAAUGUUGCUUUUAUCGUCACGCUAAAGGGUGGUGAGACAGCCGGCGAUGUUGGCAUCAGUAUGAAUGUGCUCCUCACAGUCAACAUCGUACUGAUGAUCACUGUCCAGACAUGGGCAAGUUUUGAUGCAUCCCUGGGUGUCAUUUCACGCAUCAGAACGUUUGCUACGACCGUUACGCCGGAGUCCGAGCCCGAAGAGGAGGCUUCCCUCCCAGAUAUGUGGCCAACCAGAGGUGAAGUUGAGUUCAAUAACGUUACCGCCGACUAUACCGGUACUGGUGAACUCACUCACGCAAUUAACCAUAUCUCUUUUCAAGUGGCACCGGGCGAUAAGAUCGGUUUAUGCGGCAGAACUGGCAGUGGCAAGUCCUCUACCCUUCUUAGCCUCUUACGAAUGAUUGAGUUAUCUGAUGGAACGAUCACAAUUGAUGGUUUAGACACGGUCUUCAUCCCCCGAGAAAAAGUCCGAUCGCAGAUAAUUACAAUUCCACAGGAUGCAUUCAUUAUCCCAAGUGAUUCCAUUCGUCAAAAUCUGGAUCUUCUGGGCGUUACUUCAGAUGAUGACAUCGUUGAAGCUCUGAAGAAGGUCCAUCUAUGGCCUAUCUUAGAGGCAAGAGUUUCAAACAUUGGACUGUCACCAGGUCUUUACCUGGACGUACAGAUGCAGGAGUGGCCGCUUUCGCAUGGCCAGUCACAGCUUUUCGCCCUGGCACGCGCUCUUUUGCUUCGACUUUCUCGCGGAAAACUAGUUCUUCUCGACGAAGCUACAAGUAGCAUUGAUAAGGAGACAGAAGUAUUGAUUCAGCAAGUGAUACGCGAGGAGUUUCGGCAAUACACAAUGAUCGUAGUAGCCCACCGGCCAGAGACUAUUUCACAAAGUGAUUCGAUCAUCGUGAUGGAAAAUGGAAGGAUUGUUGAACAAGGAUCGCCUGAUUUAUUGCGACAGAAAGGAAGAUCGUUUAAGUCCAUUUUCGGUAUUAAAAAUUGA